ACAAAAGGAGAGGGACCGAGCGGAGCAUCUGAGCAGCACCUUGGAGACGCCACCGGUUUGAGAUCCCGACGCGCAGAGAACGCACCGGCACACCGACGCACACGCCCUCCAGAUCCACCUGAAAGAACCCGCCGCGCGCCGGUUAAUUGUCCUGUCUGGAGGCCGAGAGAAGGGAGACUGAGCCCCGGUUCAAUCGCAGCCAGAACACCGUGUUCCCAUGAUGUCAUACCUGUGGAUUCUGCUAUUAGGAAGCCUGCUGGCUACGAGCGCCAAGGCACAAGAUGACGCAGCCGCAACAGACGACGCAGCCGCAACAGACGACGCAGCCGCAACAGACGACGCAGCCCCAGCAUCGGAUGACGCAGCCCCAGAAUCGGAUGACGCAGCCCCAGAAUCGGAUGAUGCAGCCCCUGAAGCAGAUGAUACAGCCCCUGAAGCAGAUGAUGCAGCCCCAGAAUCAGAUGAUGCAGCCCCUGAAGCAGAUGAUACAGCCCCUGAAGCAGAUGAUGCAGCCCCAGAAUCAGAUGAUGCAGCCCCUGAAUCAGAUGAUACAGCCCCAGAAUCAGAUGAUGCAACCCCGGCUCCAGAGGAUGCAGCAUCGGACGCCGAUGAGGAAACACCAGCGGGCGGUGAUCCUGAGCCCUCUGCUGAACCAGAUGCUGUGGAUGGAGACACAGAAGCUGAGACGCCAGCGCCCGCAGACCCAGAACCAGAACCAGAGGAUACCGCAGCCGAAGAGGGAGAACCAGAGGCUACUGAACCCGGGACCUCUGAACCAGAGACUGCCGCAGACGUGGACGCGGAUCAGGAUGCUGCUGCCGACGGGGACGUAGAUGAAGAGCCUUCAGCUGCUCCGGAGGCCACUGAGCCAGAGGCUGAUAAACCAGCAGCUGCCGGAGAGGAGGAACCCACCUCAGACACUGACGCAGCAGCUGCUCCAGAGGAGAGUGGACCAGAUGACAGCACACCACCAGAGAUGGAUCCAGCUGCCGCAGAUGAUACAGAGGAAGUAACUGCACCUGCUGCCGACGCAGAAGACACAGAAGCAGAAACCGCCGAAGAAAAAGUAGACCCAGAUGUUGUUGAGCCUGAAAUUAAAGUGGACUCCGCUCCUGAAUUGAAUGCAGGUGCAGGCUUUGACUUGGGUGAUGCUCUUGAAGUUCCUGCAGCGGACACCCAGCCAGACUCAGGGGACAGCCGCAAUGCUCGGGCACAUGUCGGUGAGGCCAAAGGAUCAGAAGACCAAACUGAAGCCAAAGAGGCUGGCUCCGGCUCUAUAGCAGCCAUCCUGAGCACUAUCGGCGUGGCUGCAGUGGGUGCAGUCGCCGGAUACUUCACCUAUCAGAAGAAGAAACUCUGCUUCAGCAACAGACAGGAAGCCGAUCCAGAAGCUGCACGCAAAGCCGAUGCGGCAAAGGCUGAGGGAGAUCCCCAGGUCCUUAGCAACCUGUUGCCCUCCUCCUAGACCAGCAAUGAUCACAUGACUGCCUGGACCAACUGCAGGCAAGCAGAGUGGCAAUCUCACUGUUCGGCUCGAACUCCUGUAGAGCUAAAUUACUGUGAGGCCCCAGAGUAGGGCUGUGUGUGUGUUUCUGUCUGAUUGAGUGGUCUGUGUGAGCCUGUGUGUGUGUGUGUGUGUGUGUGUGUGUCCGUAUGUUUGUGUGUGCGUAUGUGUGUUUAUCCGUGUGCGUGUGUGUGAGUGUGUGUGUGUGUGCAUAUAUGUGGGGGGAAAAUGAUUUAGAACAGAAAAAGCAAGUAGAUAUAUGUGAACCUUAGGGCUUUUAUGAUUGUCACGACAUAGGAAUUUAUGAAAAUAAUCAGUCAAACUUUGUACUUUAAACCAAAUCUGACAACCUGUUUUAAGAGAUUAAAUCUCACAAUGACGUGUGACCAUGAGAUGGCUAAAUUAUAGAACUACUUUUUUUAAUUUCAUUCGUAUGGCUUCUAUCCAGCUCUAGUAAUUCAGUGUGAAUAUAAACCAGUGACAGAUAUUGAUGUUGUAGACGUUUAACUUUGUACUGAAUUCAUAAGAAUGGAUUUUUUUUUUCCUCUCAUAUCUCGUCAUCCUUUGAGCCACCCCAUAUGAUUUAUGAGUUCCACUGGCAUUGUUUAGUGAAGCGCAUUUGUCCUUUUUUCAUUGUAAUUUUCCUGCAGCGCAAAUGCGGGACAGACGGAUAACAGGGGGUUUCUGUAACUACCACUGUAUUUCCUGGACUCGGGCCGGGACAAAUGUAAACCUAGGGGUUCUGGGGACGCUGUUCCGCGGCCCGAUGCCUGUUCAGUGGGCCGAUUAAUGUCACUGUACGGUUGUGUGUGUUUGUGUGUUUUUUUUGAUCGGUGAAGGGGCUUAGAUUUAAAUCCUGUUGGGUGACUACCACUUCGAUGAAAUUUUCCAAUUAAACACAAAAUAAUGUAAAUUAAACAUUUUACAACAAAAUCUGUUUAUUCGACAGUAUGAUGUCUUUUAGAAGAGUGCGUUGAGGUGAAGUCUAGUCCGACCCCGUUUCUCUCAGCCGACGAACGUUCAGCUGACAUGGACGAAACGAAUUUAAAAAAAAAAACAAAAAACGGUGAUGUAGAAAUGUAUUAGACAGAUGUUCUGAUGUAGUGUGUGUCAGUCUAGUUGUGAUGCAGUAAUUUCUCCUCUAUAGUGCCUUUUACUGUCGCAGCCUGGCUUGGCCAAUCUACAGACACACAGGGAAGAGAGCUGGAAGAGAAACGAAUAAAAGUAAAAAAAGAUGUCAGACGAAUUUGUCAAAAUGUAUGAGAGCAAAAAAUUAAGGAAUAUAUUGAAUUCAUAACUGUUGGUAAGCCUCACCUUGAACCGCUCGACAUGUGAGUACUGUACAUUAUUGUACAUAAUUGUAACAGCUGCUGUAUAUCAUGUCCACAUUUGCUGUUGCUGUUUUAUUUCCGGUAACUUUUUUAAGCCAAUAUAUCAUUCCUGACUCUCCUCGUCGUGUGUCUCUUCAGCUGAGCAAGCCAGUUGCUGUCACAGUGUUUUUGUACCAUUCAUAUUUCCAGUCACCUGUGAUUUUUUAUAUGAAUUUUACAUUUAGCGGUGGUGCCUCAGAGCUGACAUUGAUAGUCCUUUUUGUCGACUUGUUUGCUGUGGUAUUUUGUGAUUAUGGUUGUGAAAUGCCUUCAGAAUCCGCGCUACAGCAUUCAAAACAACAACAACAACAACAAAAAAAAAAGCCCAACAGUUUUCUCUUUUUUGCCGCUGUAGCACAAAAAAUAUUAACUUCUGAAUGUCUUUUUUGUUGCCUUGCAGUUUUUGUACUUGCUCUGCUCCCUUUAAACUUUGAAAUAGGGUUAUAGAGGUUGCAUAGUGCUGCAGUUCAUCUAAACUGUGUUACUUGUAAAGCACCAUAUAGCUGCAAUACAGGACAGAGACUGUUGCGAACAGCCUAGCCUCAAGAUGAGAAAUAUUAAUAAUCUGUGAUGUCACAUGUCAUAUUGAUUAAUCCUACUGUAUAAACUGUGGGCUGGACGCCGGGUCAAAGCUCUGUUUAAAAUGCCUUCUUAUCCUGUAACCUGUGAUGGACUGAGUUUCUGAACAACAAGUACAGAGGACUGAAACUGCCAAAAUCAAAAGCAAAUACAUGGCUCAGCAAGUGUAAUGCCAUAAAUGUGCAAAAAACACGAUAAAUGAAAUAAAUGUAGGCAUUGAUUAAUUUAAAUUCCAAUUCUGUUGUUUUAAUUUGCUUCUGUAUUUGUUUACCUCCACAUCAAUUCACCUAUUUAUAUACGUUCUCAUUUAACAUUCCAUUUUAUUUAAUAAUUUAUGCACAGUGAAGCAAAAAUUCAUAGAAAUGUAAAACGAAAAUAGAGAAAAAUAUAAAUGAAUCCAUUUAAAAAUGAAUAUAUUAAUAAAUCAAAUGAAAAACAAAUACAAAAUAACAAAAUACAAAAUACAAAUACAAAAGUAAACAAAUUCAAUCAAUAUCAAUUUUUGUCACAUCUGAUAAAUUAAUUAUUACCUACAUUAUGUUUUCUGGUGCCAUUUAAUGGCAUCUUAAUUCGUUUAUCGAGCCAUUUAAUUAUUUUUGAUUUUGUUUUGGUCCUCCAUAAACAAAUGAAAGUCUGUCUGGAAUCGCUUUAUUGCGUAGCUACAAUUGCCUGGAAUGAUGAUGCACAAAACACCCGUCAAAUAACAGUACAAGCUUUGCGAUACAGCCACGGAUGCCUUCAAAACGGAGAAUCCUCCUUUCGAUGCAGUACCCGCCCGCUUCGUGCACUUAAAUAAGUCCAAAGGGAAAUCGAAUAAAGCGCUCAGCUGUCCUGCUGUGCAUAUUCACAAACCUCCCUGGGGACUGAUUUAAUGUUAAGGAGACCGAAACAACAACAAAACAAAAAUGGAACGGGGCCUGCUGCCUGUUUUGAGCGUUAUGUUCCACUCUACUUUUAGGUUGAGCCAGUCAGAUUCCUUGUGAACACAAACGAUCGGAGCUUCAGCAUCCAAACCAGAAUGUAAAAAAAACGAGGAAAUCGUAGACUCAUUGGGUCCUGAAGUGCACUUGCCAGACAAUGCUAGUGGGCAUCAAUCAUUGAGCUGACCAGUCCUGCCUUAAAUGUCACCUCUUGAAUAUUCCAGAGAGGAAAACAAAGAACAAAUCAUCAGACAGACAGAUUGACACAAGCGGAGAUGUUUUGCAGGUGAUUUUAAUAACACAAUCUCUAUGGGAGAAGCACUUUCCUAUCCUGUAUACAUCUUGAUUCAUUACACCAUAUUUAGGCAAUUCAUUUAUUUUAAAUUUCAACUAGUGACUGUUAGCUUUUAUUUAAAUAUUCUGUGUUUUUUUUGUAUAGGAACUGUCUUCUUCAGUUUUUUUGUCAUCUGGCACUUGUGUUGUUCUUCUGGAAUUGUGUAAAUAAUGUUUGAGGAGUCAAUUAAACAGUUUUCGUGGGACA